AUGAACGCUCAUCUUGAUUCAGAGGAACAAUUGAAAGAAGGUACGUCUUCGACUCAAUCUCUGUCUCAAUCCACAGCAAAUCAAUUAUCAGUCUCACAUCACACAAGAUUACCUCGGAUCGAUCUUCCUAAAUUUAACGGUGCUCCAUCCGAGUGGCUGUCGUUUAAGGAUUUAUUCUCAUCAAUCAUCAGAAAUAUUACGCUCAGUUCUGUAGAAAAACUGCAAUAUCUAAAGGCCAGCUUGACAGGAACUGCCUCUCAUUUACUGAAGAAUACGUCAUUAACAGCAGACAACUUUCAAAAGGCCUGGGACGAUCUUAUCUCCUUCUAUGAAAACAAACGCCUCUUAGUCAACGCUGCCAUACAAGCAUUACUAUCGUUGAGAAGAAUGACAAGGGAAUCAGCAACGGAUCUUGAAUACUUAUAUACCAAUCUCAUGCAAAUCUUCCGAACGUUAGAGACGUUACAACGACCUGUGGACAAAUGGGAUGAUUUCCUUGUAUUUUUAGCAGUGCAACGCCUAGACUCUGACUCUGUUAAGGCGUGGGAACAACAUCUAGGCUCUGCCAAGGAACAGCCUACGUGGAAACAGUUUUGUGAAUUUUUAGUCACACGAUUACUCUCCUUGCAAGCAUUUGAAAAAUCUCACGGUAUCAAGGUUACAACGAAAGCGCAACAAAACACCUUUAAAUCACAUUUUCAAGCUAAAAAUUCAGACAUCGGUGACACAUCUUCUUCUUCUAUAUAUCAAAGACCACUCAACAACGCUACUCAAUCCUCACAAAGCACGGGCGCUGUUACAACUGUUUGGGAGCUCAUCGAGUGUCAGACUGUCAUUCAACUAAACGGUGCAAAGUGUGGUCGAAAACAUCAUACCACUAUUCAUAAACAACCCAGUUUAGAUAAACAGGUUGACUCAACAAAAGCGACCACACCACAGGAGACUGUAACAAAAUCUAGUUCUUCUCAGGUCUUACAUUUGAAUAUUAAUUCAACUCAUGCUACCUCAUGUGUGUUGCUAGCAACAGCUCAGGUUGUCAUCAUCAACCAGAAAGGAAGUACCUUACAGAUCAGAGCAUUGAUUGAUCAAGGCUCGGAAAUUACGUUAAUAACCGAAAGAGUAGCCCAGAAUUUAAAGCUUUCUAGGUCACAUUCAUGGAUUCCCUUGGUAGGAGUUGGAGGACACUCGUCUUGUAAGACCCGUGGCGUCACAUCGUUCAGGAUUGUUGCUAUUUAUGAGAACUCGGAAACACUUGAAGUAUCCGCCCAUAUUCUACCCAAGCUAACCAACUCAAUUCCUUCAGUGUCAAUUGAUAUGCAUCAAUGGCAACAUCUUAUUGGAUUAACUCUGGCAGAUCCUCACUUUCUACAACCAUUAGCUGUUGAUAUGAUAAUUGGAGCUGAUGUAUACCACCAGAUCAUCCGUGAGGGGUUAAAGAAAGGACCUAUUGACUCUCCUAUCGCACAGCUUACUGCCUUUGGGUGGAUUAUCUCUGGCCCGACCUCGGCGAAUCGAACAUCACUAUUGACCAAUAGUUACCAUGCCUCUAUGGAUCAACAAUUGUUUGAUGUUCUCCGUAAGUUUUGGGAACAACAGGAGGUAUGUAUUAACAAGAGUUCCUCCCUAUCCCCGGAAGAGCAAGCCUGCGAGAAACACUUUCAAGACACACACUCAAGAGACCCACAAGGUCGUUACGUGGUAAGCUUACCGUUUAAGAGGUCUGCUAAAGAGUUAGGUAAUUCACGACACAAAGCAGCACGUAUGUUGAUAUCUCUAUGGAAUAAAUUUAACUCAGAUACAAUUUAUGCUCAAGCUUAUUCAAAAUUCAUGACUGAAUAUAAAGAUCUACAUCACAUGAGGUUGAUAGACGAUAUUCAACCUGAACCUCAACCCAACUUUUACUUACCUCAUCACGGCGUAUGGAAAGAAAACAGUACGAGACUACUAAGCUUAGAGUUGUCUUUAAUGGAUCUAGCCGUACAACUUCAAGACUUUCGCUCAAUGACAUUCUCCACACCGGUCCUAAAUUGCAACUCGAAUUACUAG